CUUCUGUGACUUUGAAGGAAGGGAAUGAAUGGGAUGGUAAGCGAAGUUGCCAGAGACGGUUAAAGCUUUCUCAUGGCUACUACCUUUACCCUCGCAACGCUGUCACUACCGUCGUCUUCUCGUGUUUCCAUUGGCGGAGCUCCGAUUCGCCACCACCGUUCUCCGAACCGGAUCGGGUUGUUGCCGCCUCUCAAAUGCUCCUCUUCGGAGCUGGAAACCGCCACGCCUCCUCCCUUCGACUGGACUCACAAGUUGAUCGCCGGCGUCGCCGGCGUCGGAUUCCUCGAAACCUCGUACCUCACUUACCUUAAACUCACCGGCGCAGACGCCUUUUGCCCCGUCGGCGGCGGUACCUGCUCUAAAAUACUCGACAGUGAUUACGCCCUCGUUUUCGGUAUUCCUCUUCCUCUGAUUGGGAUGGCUGCGUAUGGCUUGGUUGCUGCACUUGGUGUUCAAUUGGCGUCGAAGAAUUUUCGUUUUGGGAUUGAGAAACCAACUGCUGAAGCAGUGUUGCUUGGAGCCACAACCUCCAUGGCAGCUGCAAGUGCGUAUUUUUUGUACAUUCUAACCACCAGAUUCUCUGACUCGUCUUGCUCCUACUGCUUACUUUCGGCUUUCUUGUCCUUCACCUUGUUCUUUGUUACACUCAAGGAUAUUGGAUUGCAAGAGGUGUCUAAACAACUGGGUCUGCAACUGCUUGUUGCUAGCUUAGUGAUUCUCUCGCUGAACGCAUCCUAUAGCAAUUCAAAAUCUGCCUCCUCAAGCCUGGCUGAAAAUGAUCUUCCAUAUUUUGCAACUGAGAUUACAACUCCGUCAAGCCCUUUCGCACUAUCUCUAGCAAGGCAUUUGCACUCCAUAGGAGCUAAAAUGUAUGGUGCUUUCUGGUGUUCUCACUGUCAGGAACAAAAAGAGAUGUUUGGGCGCGAGGCAGCCAAGCAGUUGGACUAUGUGGAAUGCUUUCCCGACGGAUUUCGGAGAGGAACUAAAAUGAUCAAGGCAUGCAUAGAUGCCAAACUAGAAGGUUUCCCAACGUGGAUUAUUAAUGGCCAGGUUCUAAGUGGUGAGGUAGAAUUAUCGGAGCUGGCUCAAGUUUCUGCUUACGAAGAAUCUGUUCAACCUUAAGGCUGAUUGAGCAACAAAUGUAGCAUUGUAGAAUUUGUAGUAGCACAUACAUUAUUGUACAGCUUAUAGAUGAGUCGUUUGUCCUCUGUAGGCGUAUGUGACGUUAUGGAUCCGUUUAAUUUGCAUAUAUUUAAGGGACAAGACAACACAAACUACUUGAUUUA